AUGUCCACCGCGGCCGCUCUCCAGGCCCGCUUGAAGGAGCUAUCCACCACACUCGGCCAGAUUCAACCUCUAGUGAACCGACUGCGCAAUUUCACCUCUUCUAUCGGACAAGGCGACGAGGCGCGCGUGGAGCUUGGAGCCGAAAUACACUCGCAGUUGAAAGACGCCGAGGGUGAAUUGGAGCUAUUGCGCGGGGACAUUGAGGCGCUAGAUACCGGUUCAGAGGGGAGGAGGAAAUCAGCUGUGAAUGGUGCGGAGAAGGAGGCUGAGAAGGAGCGUGUUGUUGCGAUGGCGGGGCGGUUGUGGGAUGAUUUGAAGAGGACUCGGGGAGAUUUCCGGAAUGCUCAGUUACAAGCUAAGCGGAAUGCUGAGCUUGCGAAGCGCAAGGAGCGCGAGUUAUUGCUCUCGAGGUCGCAGGCUUCGUCUGAGAAGAGAGGUCCAUCGGAGAAGUUCACGCAGGAGGAUCUGGUGUUGAAUGCUUCGAAUGAUGUGACAGCUGCUUUGCGCCGGACACACCACUUGAUGCAGGCUGAGCUGUCUCGUAGUCAGUUUGCUCAAGAGACACUUGAACAAUCAACGGCCGCAAUCUCCUCCUUAUCUGAGUCCUACAGCAGCCUCGACACACUCCUCGCCAACUCUCGCAGCCUCGCUAAUUCUCUUCUCCGCUCCCAAAAAUCAGAUACAUGGUACCUCGAAACGGCGUUUUAUAUUCUCAUUGGAACUAUUUCAUGGCUUAUCUUCCGCCGUGUCCUCUACGGUCCCAUGUGGUGGCUAAUUUGGCUUCCGGUCAAAUUUGCCAUGCGAUUCGCCUUCGCUGCUUUCAGCGCUGUUGGAACCUCAAAGGGGUCAAAUGAGCUUGCAUCUAGCUCAAUUGCUAGCGAUAUAUCCGCGACUAUUCAACAGGCUGCUACUGCUGUGAUGGGGGGAACUGUACCAAGUGGUGAUGCUGCGUGGGAUCAUGAGAAGCCUGCAGAAUAUGAGCAAGAUCGUAUCAUUGAUAAGAUUGGGCGCAUGGUCGAGGAUGGAAAGUGGGAUGGAACUAAUAUCGAUGAUAUCUCGCCGGAAGAGAUGGAAAGGCAGGAUGAGGUACCGCGCAACCCGAAGAAGCGGAUGUAUGAGGAGGAAGUUGUGCGGGAUGAGCUUUAG